UAUGUGUUGACAGCCAUGGCCUAUGAUCGCUAUGUAGCCAUCUGUCAACCUCUGUUGUACAUGGUCAUCAUGUCUCCUAGAACAUGUUCCCUGAUGAUGUUUGGUUCAUACUUCAUGGGGUUAGCUGGUGCCACUGUCCACACAGUGUUUAUGGUCAGACUGAACUUUUGUGAUUCUAACAUCAUCAACCACUACCUGUGUGAUAUCUUCCCCCUUCUCCAGCUCUCCUGCAGCAGCACCUAUGCCAGUGAGCUUGUGAGUUCUGUUGUUAUUAGCACAGUGGUCAUUGCAUCUAGUGUUGUCAUCUUAAUGUCCUAUGCUUUGAUUCUUUUUAAUAUCAUCCAAUUGUCAUCAGGUAAGGGUUUGUACAAAGCCAUGAGCACCUGUAGUUCCCACAUAAUAACUGUUGCCCUAUUCUAUGGAUUUGGUAUGCUUACACAUAUCAAAACAUCAUCUGAUGAAUCUAUGGAUCAAGGGAAAAUUCUCAGUGUAUUUUGUACAUUUUUGCUGCCACUGCUGAACCCUUUUAUUUACAGUCUCAGGAAUCAAGAUGUCAAAGUUGCUCUAAAGAGAUCUCUAAGGAGACUCACUUUAAAUGAAGCACUCGGGCUGUCGUAG